UCCAUUGAUGUGCUACCCUCACGUCUCACUAGUGGAAAAUGUGACAGAAAGUGACAUUUAUAAAGGGUUUUUUUUGUGGCUGUUUUUUUCUUUUUCUCUUAUUCAUCCACUAUUGUGUUUCUUUUCUUGUGUGUCGACUGAAGCCUUCACUUCACAAGACAGACAAAGUUGCUGAGUACUGUACCUUCUGAAGUUAUCAUCGUGGUGGGAGGGGGAGGUUGUUUGAAGGAUUAAAGAAUUCAUAGAGAUUUUAUUUGAAAAACUUAAGCAUGAGUCGGGUUCCGAACAAGCUCCUAGCCAUUCUUGUGUCUCUGAUGUCUUUUCUCUGUGCUGGGCUUGGAAUUGAGAAAUCAGGGAGCACGGACUCUGAUCCAGGAGACUCUCAGCCUUCAAAACUGAACUUCUCAAGCAAGGAAGAAGGACAGAUUCUAACACUCAAUUUCACAUUUCCAAAGAAACUCAGCGCCACUGAAAGCAUGAACCUGAACCUGAACAAGUAUCAACAGAAGAUUGCAGAGAUCAAUUUCAAGGGAGGGCAGGGAAACACAUUUAAUGAAAAAAGGCUAACAUUUACCUGGCAAGGAGAGACACAGACAGCCACACUGUACAUUUCAGGACUCAUUAAGAAUGACUCUGGGGUGUACCAGUGCAACUACGUCCUUAACUCCAAAAUCGAAGUCAGCAAUUCUAUCAACCUGACCGUCAGAACCAAAGAAAGCUCUUACACCAAUCAGACAGAUUUGUCAGACCCCGCGGGCACUGCAGACAGCCAUCCUCAGGAUCACAGCAUUCCCCAGAAUGCCCUCAUUGCUGCCUCCGUGACUGUCACGGCCCUGCUGCUUCUAGUGCUCAGUAUCACUGUGUUCCUCAUCUGGGAUCGGAAUAAAGGCACCUCCAGCCCACAGCUCAACACAAUCAAACGCCAGCAGGAGAGCAAGCCAUCCCAGGCCAUGCCAGUCUACUCCAUCAAGUACGGGGUCCUGGAAUUCCCGAGGCGCGACGCCCUUCCUCCAGCCACGAUGCCGGACCACAACGACCACGUGGAAUACGCCACCAUCACCUUCCCUGCAGGACAGGAGGGGGGGUCGGGGGGUCGGCACUGCUGGAGUCAUGGCAGGUAGCAGAGAGAGAGAGAGAGAGAGAGAGAGAGAGAGAGAGAGAGAGAGAGGCCGCUGUGCCAAUCAGACCUCACUGCUGCUGACCUGACAAGAAAUAACCAGCACCCCCCA